CAUGUCCUCCUGCCGUAACCCCCCCCCCCCUAAAAAAAAACAACACCGGUGCGUGCGCGGACUUUGACGUCGCAUCUGGUGCUUAAAUUAAUCGCAGACUGCGGCCCCGUUCGCCGCGCGACUAGCGCCCAAAUCCCAUCAAAGAGUCCAAACAGGUGCCGCGGGACGCUUAUCCGGACGCGCGGCACCGCACCGCACCGCACCGCACGCACCGCGGCGCGGACUCCUCUGUUUCUGCGAGAUGGACCGCGACUUGGGCGUCGUUCCCACACGGUGUCCGUGCGCAAGGGCUCUUCCCUCGGUUGGAUUCUGCCGCUAAACGGUGCGGCGUAUCGGGUCAUGUUCUCCGCGCUCAACACGUUGUCCGAGAGGAAGCCCGAGCGGGUCACUGGUUCACUCCAUCCGUAAUUUGGGAUGACGCCUCUCGGUCCCACCUGCUCCGUCUCCUCCCUGUUACCUCACCUUCACGUGCCUCACCAGCGGGGUGAGCGCUGCUGAGCUCUCGCCGCGACCCUCCCUUCCCCGGCUGACGAAGGCGAUGCGGCGGUUCGUCUACUGUAAGGUGGUGCUGACCACCUCUUUGGUGUGGGUGCUGGUGGAUGUGUUCCUGCUGCUCUACUUCAGCGAGUGCAACAAAUGUGACGACAGGAAAGACCGCUCGCUGCUCCCGGCCCUGCGCGCGGUGAUAUCGCGGAGCCAUGAAGGUCCGGGGGAGAUGGGCAAGGCCGUAAACAUCCCCAAGGACAGCCAGGAGAAAAUGAAGGAGCUAUUUAAGAUCAACCAGUUCAAUCUGAUGGCCAGCGACAUGAUCGCCCUCAACAGGAGUCUGCCGGACGUGAGGCUGGAUGGCUGUAAGACUAAGCUGUACCCGGAUGAGCUGCCAAACACCAGCAUCGUCAUCGUGUUUCACAACGAGGCGUGGAGCACCUUGCUGCGGACGGUUCACAGCGUCAUCCAGCGCUCGCCCAGACAGUUGCUGGUGGAGAUCGUCCUCGUCGACGAUGCCAGCGAGCGAGACUUCCUGAAGAGGAAGCUGGAGAACUAUGUGCGGACCCUGGAGCUGCCAGUGAGGAUCCUGAGGAUGGAGCAGCGCUCGGGUCUAAUCAGAGCCAGGUUGAGGGGGGCCGCCGCCACCAAAGGGCAGGUCAUCACCUUCCUGGACGCUCACUGCGAGUGCACCGUCGGCUGGCUGGAGCCCCUGCUCGCGCGCAUCAAAGAGGACAGGUCAGCGGUGGUGUGCCCCAUCAUCGAUGUCAUCAGCGACGAGACGUUCGAGUACAUGGCCGGCUCCGACAUGACCUACGGGGGAUUCAACUGGAAGCUGAAUUUCCGCUGGUACCCAGUUCCCCAGCGCGAGAUGGACCGACGCAAGGGGGACCGGACUCUGCCCGUCAAGACUCCGACCAUGGCAGGAGGAUUAUUCUCCAUAGACAAAUCAUACUUUGAAGAAAUCGGCAGCUACGAUCCGGGGAUGGAUAUUUGGGGUGGAGAGAACCUGGAAAUGUCCUUUCGAAUUUGGCAGUGCGGCGGCUCCUUGGAAAUAGUAACAUGUUCCCACGUGGGCCACGUCUUCCGGAAGGCUACCCCGUACAGCUUCCCCGGAGGAACCGGCCAAGUCAUCAACAAAAACAACAGGCGCCUGGCCGAAGUCUGGAUGGAUGAUUUCAAAGACUUCUUCUAUAUCAUAUCACCAGGUGUGAUGCGCGUGGACUACGGAGACGUUUCUUCCCGUAAAGACCUCCGCGGGGCCUUGAAGUGCAAGCCGUUUGCCUGGUAUCUAGAAAACAUCUAUCCGGACUCCCAGAUCCCAAGAAGAUACUACUCACUUGGUGAAAUCAGAAAUGUUGAGACCAACCAGUGUGUGGACAACAUGGGAAGAAAGGAGAACGAGAAAGUUGGCUUUUUCAACUGUCACGGCAUGGGAGGAAACCAGGUGUUUUCUUACACGGCGGAUAAAGAAAUCAGGACAGACGACCUCUGUCUGGACGUCUCCCGCCUCAACGGACCCGUCAUCAUGCUCAAGUGUCACCACAUGAAGGGGAAUCAGAUGUUCGAGUAUGACGCCGAGCGCCUUACCCUGCUGCACGUGAACAGCAACCCGUGUUUGGCACCUGCCGACUCGGAGGACCACAUCGACCCCGCCCUGAGCGACUGCAACCGCAGCCGCGCUCAGCAGUGGCUGCUCCGCAACAUGACCCUGAGCGUCUGACCCCCCCUCACAGGUCUCCCCCCACUGCUCUGUCCUCACCCUGACCCGUCUCGGCUCUGCUCACCCCUCGCCGCACGCAUGCACGCCUCUCUUUCCCGUAACAGCCAAAACACAAAGGCCCAGGCGGCAGCAGCGGCGGCGGCAGCAGCGGCGGCGGCAGCAGCGGCGGCGGCAGCAGUGGUGGCGGCGGCGGCGGCGGCGGCAGCGGCGGCUUUUCUUCCCUCGCGGAUGCGAUUCCCUGCUCCAGCUGGCCUCUGGGUUUUCAGAGAAGCUGCAGCAGCUGCUGCUCAGGGGACACGAUGAGCUUCGGGGCGGGGGGGGGGCUUUCGGGGAGCUUGGUCCGGGCAGGGGGUGAACAAUGCGGUGAGGUCUGUGCAUGGGGGACAUUCAUGCCGUUGGUUCCACUGCGCUGCCCCGACCGCCGCUAAGCUGCUUGUCAAACGAUUAAACAGAAAUGCAUCUUUAACGCGGAUAUGGCCGGGCAUGCACACCUCAGCGAUGGUCUUCCUCGUGAUGUUGUCUGCUAUCGGUACGAUCUCAAAACGAGACGGCUCAUCCUCUCUCCAUAUCAUUGUCUGUUGCCUUCACACGACAUGAGGCGGUGUUGUCAAUGGAGCCCGACUAACGCUGGAUUUUGUGAUAACCGUACUGUGUGUCAACUGAUAUUUGGUUUCAAAGUCCAGCUGAAAUGUAACGCCCUCAAAUUUUGGUGCAAGAAACUGUAAUCUACAAGGCUAUUUCGAGGCAUUCUGUAUAUUUUUCCAUUUUUUUAAAAAGAGGAUUUAACACUGAGCUGGAAAUAUUCGUAGAAGCUUGGAGCCUCCGGGUGGGAGUCUUCCACAGAAGGUCUGGAGGCGGUGAGGGGCUGUCAGUGUCCGUGAUGUGCUGCUUACUUACAAGCUCACAUAAUGUUUACUAUCAACCUGUUUUAAGCCAUCUGCAGGACCCAUUUUUAGGUGUUACAUACCAAAUGAAACACAAAUAAUGAAUCUAUGUUAAAAACUGAAUCCUUAAUAACUUAAUUAAUACAUGCUUUAUCAGGUGUCCUUAUCAGUGUUCUGUUGUUCUGCCACUUCAACGACACACAAUUGAACCAUGAAUGAAUGAAUAUCUGAAUCCAUGUGUGUCCAAUGCUACAUAUCUCGAGAACCGUCCUUCCGGUCUACUUGCAACUUGCCGGGUGUAUUGCUGCACCAACGGGCGUGCAGUGUUGACGUUGGUACAAUUUGGACAGGCGACAAAAUCAACAUUGAUAAACUGAAUAAACAAGUGAUUUUACAGACCUGCAGCUCAUUGAUUGCGGUUCUUUUCUGCAACGAGCGUUCUUGAAAACGCUGCAAACAGCACAAGACCAAGCGAUCGUCCUGCUCUUAACAGCCAAAAAAUGUAUUGGUUGGGCUCUAGUUGUUGAGGUGAAUUUCUUAAAUGAUAUUUAAAAUAUUAACCUGACGAUUUCAAACCAUCGUCUGAAUGACAUCAGAACAGUGCAGCUAUAAAAUCCUCCCAGAUUAGUGCAGGUGAAAGAAGCAAGUGAUCAAGCCUUUUCUAUGAUUAGAUAAAGUUUUAAAUGCAUGUAAGAGUUUUCCCAAAGUGAUAACUGUGUUGUGGAAUACUCAAACUGGGCUGUGUUAUCAUUGCUGAUUCCUGCAAACGAAACGACAAUAUCUUAGAACAGAAUAGUUAAGUGUGCCUUUAGAAAGUUGGUUUGUAUUUGAUUCAUUGGUUUAUAGAAAAUGUUUGAUUUAUUUUGAUGUUAAUAAAUAAUAAUAAUGCAUUUUUCAUCUUGAGUAAAAAACUGAAACUGCAUUUGAUAUUCAAUAAUUGUCAUAUCAUGUACAAGUCAUUGUCAUACUAAUGCUUGAUCAAACAUUUAGUUACGUUGAAGUCAUUCUAUAUCAGCACAUCGUCCAUCACACAUGCAAAAUGUGACUUUUCCCUAAAUUAUUGAUCAGUCAACCACUGUUAUUGUACAUAAUGCUGUUAACAAGUUUCUAUCACCAUUGUUGUUGUUGUACAUACAGAACCAAUUAUUUUUCUAAGAUGCUGUAUAACCCAAACAGUCCUGAACGAGACACUGAGUGCUAAAAAGAUCACAAGGUGAUGUAUUAGUUUAUUUGGAAUCGUGGUAAUAAAAACCAGUGCUUACCUUGGA